AUGUUAAAAGAAGAAGCAAUUAAAAAAGAAUGUUAAAAAAACGACCAUAAUGGUUUCUAAAUUGUUGCUGUAAAUCUUUCCGAUGAGUUAAAUAAAGAUGAUGAUUAAAAUAAAUAUUAUUGUGUGAAAUGUCUAAUAGAAAUAAUUGGAAAUAAAAAGAUUAUUGUAUAUGAAGAAGCAAUAAAAAAGGUUGAAAUUCUUAAUUAAGAGUUAAAAAAAAUUUCAGAUAAAUAAAAUGAAUAAAAGUUAGACUAUUUUAUAAAAUUACAAAAUUCAAUUUAAAAAGUUGAAUAAAGAUUCUAAAAAUCUUUUGAAAUUUUGCUGAAAUAUAUAAAUUCAAAAGUAACAGCAACAUAAUAACAAAUAGAAAAAAUUUCAGAACCAACACCUUUAGACGAUGAUAUUAAAUUAUUGUCAAGCUGUUAUGAAGAGAAUGAUUAAUUAGUAAUUCCGCCUCCUAAUUCAAAUCAAAAAAAAACUUAUAAUUUUUUAAAAUACAUUAAGAAAUUUAGAUUAUUAUUAUAAAAUUAUGAAUAAAUACUUGAAGAAGAAAGAGAUGAAUAGACUAUUGAAUUGAAAUAAUAAAUAAAUUCAGUGUUUGAUGAAUCACAAAAAGUAAAUAAAUAUAUUAAAUAUUUAGAAAACUCCUGCUUUAAAUGUAACAUGUGAUACUCAUAAAAUGGAAAUAAUUAUGUUUAACUUAAAUCAAGAUUAAUUUGAGUAAACAAAUCCAUUUUUAUGUGUUGAAUGUACAUAAGAUCUUUUAUCAAGAGGAAAUAAGGCUGUUUUCAAUACAAUAUCAUUAAUGAAGGCAGAAGAAAAAUGGAAUGAGUACAUUAAAGAGUAAAUGGAAAAAAGAUCAUAAAGAUAAUCAAGACUUAAUUAAGCUAUUACAUUUAUUAAAAAAUUAUAGGAGAAGUAUAAUUCAGAAUUGAAUAAAAUGAUAUAAUCUCUUAAUGAAUAAUUAAAAAAAUAACCUAAAGAAUAUGAAGAACUUAUGAAAUUAAGAAAUACUCAUCUAAAAAAUUAAGAUAAAUAGAAUCUUCUUGAAAUUGUUAAAAUUCUUGGUUAAUAAAAAAAUAUUGAAUUUAUUUCAAAUUAAGAAGACUCAGAGUUAUAUUAAAGUCAAAAGAGAGUAUUAGAAGAACUAAUUAAAGAGAAUUUAAUAAUAGAAAAUUAAUUAUAAUGGCUUUAGAAUUAUGAUAAAUGUAUAUUAUUUAAUUAAUUUUAGUACCAAAAAGAUCAAAUGAUUCUGAAAAUGAAAAGGAAGUAGUAGAAUUUCUUAAAAAAUCAACUAUUCAAGAUUUAUAUUUAUCCUUCUUUGAAAUGUCUUUUAAUUCUUUAAGUUAAUUUAAAAAAGAAGAAAAUGAUUUAUAAUUAUAAGGAAAACUUUUAAAAAUACAAUCAUCAGAUUAGGAAAUGGAAUCUGAUUCAAUUUUUUUAUAAUAAUUAUGGUAUUAAAAAUUCAAAGAUAGUUCAGAUAAAUUAGAAAAAUUAAUGAAUGUUAAUGUAUUAUAAAGAUCCAAAGAAAAAUAUGAUGAAUUAUUAAUGUAAAAUACAUAGAAUACAAAGAAAAUAAAAGAUUUAGAAACUUUGAAUAAAAAUUUUCAAACAGAAGUUGAGAAAGCCUUAAUAAAAAUUGAAAGUAUGAAUUAAACUAUAUCGAAGAAUAAGAUUUAGAAUUAAGAAUUGAUACAUGAAUUAAAACAAAUAUAUUCAUUUUCUACGCUUUAUUGGAAUACAGGAGAUACGAGAUUACUGUCAUAAGAUUAUGCCUACAAGAUAUACAGAAAAAUAGAAGAAAGAACUAAAAAAAAAAUAAAAAAUAAAUAUUUUUUAUGUUCUUUAACUGGGUACUAAUUAAACUUAACAACUUUAUGGGGUUAUAUAAACAAAAUGUCUAAUUUGUUGAUGAUUUUUAAAUCAAAAACCCAAUUUAUUUUUGGUGGAUUUACACCUUGUUAAUGGCUUCAUUCAGGAAGCUAUCAAGUUGAUGAACAGUUAGAAUCCUUUUUAUUUUCUUAGACUUAAGAUGAAAUUUAUCCAUUAUCAAAAAAAUCACAUGCUAUUUAAGGUCACGAAUCUUAUAUACAAUUUGGAAGCUAUGAUUUAAAAAUAGAGAAGGAUUUUUAAGAAGGAUCAUCAUGUUUAGGAUCUUCAUAUUCAACUAAUCAAUAUUCGAUACCUAAUAAAUAAAAUCAUUUAUUCGGGUCACCUAAACCAAAUAUCAUGGUAUGUGAGGUUAUCAUGUUAACAUUUGUUUGA